CUUACUCCAUAUUUUCUGAUUAUUUCAAAGAUGUCAGCGAUCAGCUCCAGUUCAGAUGAUCCAGUGAUCCGGAUUCUUCUGAUGGGCAGAAAGGGUUCUGGGAAAAGCUCAUCUGGAAACACUAUACUGAGAGGAAAAAAGUUUAAACUUAAAAAGCAGAAAGCUGAAGUUUGUGAUGCAGAAGCAAAGGUUGGAGAGAAGUAGUUUUCUGUGAUUGAUUGUCCAGAUCUACUGGAUCCAGAUCUGAGUAAAGAACGGCUGGAGGAGAUGAAAGAUCAGCUGCUCUCUCGAUGUUCAGCAGGUCUCAGUUCAGUUCUGCUCAACGUUCCUCUAGAGGAACCACUGGAAAAUGAGGAAGAGAUCUUGGAUUUUAUUAAGGGUUUAUUUGGUCCUGAAGUUCAGAAGUACAUCAUGAUCCUGUUCACACAUGAAGAUGAUCUGGAGGAACUGGAUGAACCACAGACCAUUGAUGAAUAUCUGCAAUACCACGAGGAUCUCCAGCGACUGGUGACUGUUUGUGGAGGAAAGUUUCACUGUUUCAAUAACAGAAAUAAAUCAGAUGAUCAAGUACAAGAACUACUGCAGAAGAUUGAAGGAAGGAUGGAGGAAAACAGAGGGAAAUUUAGCAUGGAACGAAUGAAGAGGAGUGACAGCAAGGACAUUGACAUGAAUUUUUCAGGAGGAAGUUUAAUGGAUGAAGAUCCAGAUGACAUUCAGAUUCCUGAGAGGAAAGACCAGAUCAGGCUGGUUCUGUUGGGAAAAACUGGAGCUGGGAAAAGUGCUGCAGGAAACACAAUCAUCGGCAGAAACGUGUUUAAAUCUACUGUCAGCUCAAAGUCAGAAACAAAACAGUGUAAGUCAGAAACCACUGAGAGGAUGGGCAAAAAUAUCCCAGUGAUCGACACACCUGGAUUUUAUGAUAAUGUACUCAGUAAUGAUCUCACUCGUUGA